UAUUUGCAGAGAGGGCAAGUCCACUUCUCGACUCCGUACCCCGUGACGAGAACGCACUUAGGAUCAACUGUUGCUCCGAAAAAGGAAGACAUGUGGCGGUGCUGCCCGACCCAUUGGCCAAUCAAGAUUGAGGGGGGAAAACUUCGCCGAUCGUCUCUCAACCGGGCGGUGGCGAUCUGCCGGGCUAAACCCGACGCGGUCAGGGGUGUUUCAGAGUGGCUCAAAAUGACCUCACCGCCUGCCUAAGCAGCUGGAUUUCCCCCCUCGGGGAUUGCCUCAAGCAGGAGUUAUCGUCGGCCAAGAUGGCCCAUCCCACAAAGCUUGAUUGCUUUCUGUCGGAUAUGAGAGCCAUCCCUCAACCAUCUUCUUCCUCCCGAUGUCCUUCGCCAUCCCUGCAUCCGGCCCGCCGUCAGCAUGAAAGCCCUCCAGGAUGAGUACGAUCUGGGAUAUCGCAAUCUCGACGACCGGGCGGAACCCUCCACGCGCCCGUUGUCAACCAUGCUGCUGCAACCCCGGACGGCCGGAUUCUGGGGCGCCGGGUGGGCCUGGGAGAUUGUAAGCUGUGUCCUUGCCGUGGCGGCCCUCGUCGCCAUCAUCGUGGUCCUCUACAACUAUGACGGCCAGCCUAUCCCGGAUUGGCCCUAUGGGAUCACUCUCAAUGCUCUGAUUUCGCUCCUGGUGACGGUCAUGAAGGCCGCUAUGGUCUUUCCUAUCACCGAGGGUCUGUCACAGCUCAAGUGGUCAUGGUUCAACCGGGGGAAUCGACUGAGUGACCUGUCCUUGCUGGACGCCGCCAGUCGGGGAGCGGUCAGCGCAACCUUUGUUCUGUUCCGCUUUCUCCCUCGACACAGUCACUUGGUAUCCAUGGGGUGCUUCAUUCUCGUGGUGGCCGCAGCCAUUGCCCCGUUUGUCCAGCAAGUCAUCAAUACCACCGCCCAGCCCGUUACGGCUCCCGACCAGUCCUCCAUCCGCGUCUGCAACACCAGCAGCUAUGUCGACUAUGGCGAGGGGUCCGGUCCGGGUAUGAACAAAGUUCCCCUGUCGACCACCGGAGCCAUCUACACCGGCCUUUUCCAGAGUGCAGGUCCCAACAGCAACGUGGUCACAAUGACCUGUCCCACCGGGAACUGUACGUUCGCCCCAUACCAGUCGCUGGGGUUCUGCAGUCGCUGCGCCAAUAUCACAGAGGACCUCACGCUGGGCAACACCUCCUCGACGAGUACCAUGGCAACCUACAACUACCAACUGCCCAACGGAUUCAGCUUCCACACCUCAUGGAGCUCGAUGUACUUGAUGAACGCCACCACCGGUCUGGACCUGAUUCGACUGCAGACGGACGACAUGCCGCUCAUUCUGAAUUUCACCACGAUCAGCGCCGCCGGCUACGGUGUUCCGCCGCAAAUCAGCGCGACCGAGUGCGCGCUAUACUUCUGCGUCAGAACCUACGAAGCGGCCAUCCAAAGGGGCCGAUACAAUGAGACGUUGACCUCCACGGCCACCUUAUCCAACAGCUCCGCUACGGAUAUCACUGAGGAUCUCACCCUGAUGCCCGAGACCUGCUACGUAAACGGGACGCAGCGCCCGAACCGCGACAACUGCACCUACUCGGUCAGCUGGCUCAGCCGGCUGGCCAUGUCCAACUCCGUGUCACCGCUGAUCGAGGGCCAGGGGUCGCUGUUUGUGAGCAAUCGGCCGUAUUGGUCGUCGGAUACCAUGCGUGCGGUGUACGGCGUGGAGGGCAACUAUACCGAUGUGAACUCGAUGUUUCAGUCGUUGGCAUCCGCGCUGACCACGCACGCGCGGUCUGCCGUGUGCGCCGCGUCGUUCAAGGGCACCACCUGGACGACCGAGUCGUUUAUUCAUGUCCAAUGGCCGUGGCUAACCCUACCGAUUGUGCUGAUGGUGCUGACCCUUGCUUUCCUCAUCACGACCGUGAUCCGUACCCGCAACCAGUUCAUCUGGAAGUCCUCGCCGCUGGCGCUGUUGUUCUCGGAUAUUGCUGUGGAGGCGCCGCACGCGUUCGAGCGCAGUCCAGACCUGAGUCAUAUGGAGGAGACGUCGCGGAAGAUGAAUGUGUGGUUGGAGACGACGAUGAAGGGGGCAAAACUGAAGGGGGUGGGCAAUACCACAUCCCUUCGCAGCCAAUACCCCUUUUCUGACUACUUGGCAGCGGCUUGGCAAACUGGAGAACCUGUAUACAAGAUCAGCAGCUGGAGUUUUGCUCAAGUUGCACCCGAAUACAACCCAGUAAACCUACAAUCGAAAUAUUCUGCGCACUCGCACUCAAUUUAG